AUAUGGUUUCAAAAUCGUCGUUCAAAACAUAAAAAGAUGUCUAAGAACGGAUUUAGCAAUGAUCGGCAGGGAACAGAUGAUGAAGAAGGUGAAGAAGAGGAAAGUAGUUCAGUUGAUGGAACAAUAGCUUCACCUGCUCAACAACAACAACAACAACAACAGCAACAACAACAACAACAACAACAACAACAACAUCAACAUCAACAACAACAACAUCAGCAGCAACAACAGCGGCAACAACAACAACAGGGUACCACAUCACCGAUAUUGGAAGGUAGUUGGCCACCACUGCAUCUUGGUACACAUCCUGUUGGUACCGGUGGUCCAUUAUCACAUAUGUCACCAGCAUCACUGCACCAAUUAUCACAUCAGCAACCUACCCAGUUACCUCCUUUCGAAAAAUAUUGUGAACAGGUUGAUGUAAAACCAUACGUUUAUGAUCCAAUGACGGGCUACCAAUGGCAACAACCUAACAGUUAUAUGCCACCUAAUUAUUAUAGUAGCAUAUGA